GGCACCGGCAGCACGGCUGGCGCGGCGCUCUGAGGCGGAGCGGGGCGGGCUGUGCCGUGCUGGCCGUGCCCGCCGCCUCCGGAUCGCUGUGCCCGCUUGGCCGAGAUGGUGCGCUGAGUCAUUUCCACGAGAGGCUGCUGUACCACUCUGAAGUUGGAAUACAUUAAAGAAUUGAAGGUGUGAGAGUGUACCACUGUUCUCCUGGCUAAAAAACUGCCCCCCAACUGAAUGUACUGAAGAUUUCUAGACUUGGUCGGACAAAUAUCUCUACCUCCAAUUUUAUGAAUACUGCUAGCUAUGGCUGUGGAACUCUGUUUGCUGCUGCUGCUGUUUUGUGGAAGUACUAUUUCAGAGGUACAGCCUAUAUACAAACCACCUCCUGGGACUUUGGAUUUUGGAUUUGUACCAUCCAAGACGUAUGAUACAGGUGCAUACCAUGAACCUGGGUCAAUAGGAAUUUUGUUUAAAAUAGUACACGCAUUCCUGUACUUAGUGCAGCCAAAUUCUUUUCCUCAAGAUCUCAUCAGAAAAGUAGCACAGCAGCAGUUGGGAAAGACACAGGGCGAUUAUCAAAAGCCAGAAAAUGUUGUCCUGACUCUUCAGGCCAUCUACUAUGAAAUCGGUUUUAUAGUCUCCGCAGCCUUGGGAUUGCUAUUUAUUUUGUUACUGCCUCUUGUGGGACUUUGCUUCUGUAUGUGUCGUUGCUGUGACAACUGUGGUGGGGAAAUGCAUCAAAGACAGAAGAAAAAUGCUGACUGUCAGAGGAGCUGUUUUGCAACAUUUCUUUUUGUUGCUUCUUUAAUAAUAAGUGUUGGAGUGCUCUGUGCAUAUGCUGCCAACCAGCAUUUAACUAACCAAGUCCGAGGAGCAAAGAAACUGGUUAACAGUAAUUUUAAAGAUCUGAAAAUAUUCCUUAACGACACUCCAGCGCAAAUUGACUAUUUGGUGAGCCAGUACAACACAGCUAAGGAUAAAGCACUCUCUGACCUAAAUAAUGUUGGACCUGUGCUUGGAACCAGAGUUCAAGAACAGCUGGGAAAAGAAGUACGUCCUGCACUUGAUGCAGCUCUGACAAUGGCAGGAGUCAAAGUGGAAAGGGCUAUCAAAGCCAUCAGAGAAACGAAGGAAGCACUGGAAAAUGUGAGUGUCUCUGUAGAGGUUCUACAGGAGGGAACAGAGAGGCUUCGUGCAAACUUGACGGAUGUUAAAACGCAUCUCAGCAACACCCUCAAUGACUCCGCGUGCAAUGCGGCUCAGGCCGCCUCAACGUGCAAUAUCAUCAGGAAUUCAUUAAGUCAACUGAACGUCAAUGCCAAUUUUAGUGGGUUGCCAGGAGUGAGCUCACAGCUUGCAAAGGUCAAUGAUGUCCUUAAAAUAGACCUUUCUAGUCUCGUUCAAAAGGGCUAUGCAGCUUUUAAUGAUACUCCAGACUUAGUGGUGAAUCAAACCAGGAACAUUUUAUCAGCUGUUCCUUAUAUCAAAAGCGUGCUGGAAUCCAUUGGUUCAAAUAUUACUACCUUCACAAAAGCACUCCCUGUUCAGAAGAUUUUAGACGAUUUGAUGGUAUAUCUUACACAGAGUGAGGCAUAUGUUCAAGAUUAUUUUCCACUAGUGGAGCAGUAUGAUUUCUACAGGUGGCUGGGGUGUCUCAUUCUGUGCUGCAUGGUGGUCCUCAUUCUGGUCUUUUACUAUCUUGGAUUGCUAUGUGGCACCUGUGGUUAUGAUAAACAUGCUUCUCCAACAACCAGAGGCUGUAUCUCCAACACUGGAGGAAACUUUCUUAUGGCAGGAGUUGGAUUCAGUUUUCUUUUCUCCUGGGUGCUGAUGACUGUAGUGGUGCUCACGUUUGUCACAGGUGGAAAUGUAGAAAAACUGGUCUGUGAGCCCUUUGAAGAUAAAAAUUUAUUCAAGGUUUUGGAUACACCUUACUUACUAAAUCAGCAAUGGAAAAACUAUCUUGCUGGCAUCCUCUUUAAAAACCCAAAUGUUAACUUGACUUUUGAAAAAGUGUACAGUGAUUGCAAGGAAAACAAAGGAAUUUAUACUUCCCUUCACCUGGAAUACCUGUUCAAUAUCAAUGAGUUUCUAAAUAUUAGUAUGUAUACAGAAGAUGUGGCACUUAAAAUUGAACAUAUUCAGAUAAACCUCAGCAAAAUCAUUCUGCUGGAUGAAAUUGGGAAGGAGAAUCUUCUGAAUUUCAGCUCUUCAGGAAUAGAUGGGAUAGACUUUUCAGCAUAUUUGACAGAGAUCAAUAAAAGUGUUACCAAGGUUGAUCUUCUCUCCUUUGCUAAUGACUUAGAAGCAAGAGCAGACCAGCUGCCAAAAGGAGCACUGGAAAAUGCCUUAAAAGGACACGCAAACAGCAUUCGGAUGAUUCAUAACCAGCAAGUUGUUCCACUAGAGCAAGCUAUGACUGUCAAGAAAUAUGUUAAAGCUAGGAGCACUUUAAACCAGAGCGUUAGGUUACUGAAGAAAACAUCAUCUGAACUUAUGGUUAAGGUGAAAAAUGUCAUUAGUGCUGUUAAUGCUGCCCAGUUUCUCAUAAAUAACAACGCUUCUCAAGUUAUUGUCCAGGAGACAAAAAAGUACAUGGAUACCAUAGUUGGCUACUUUGAGCAAUACACUGAGUGGGUCAAGGAGUCGAUUGCCAUGGAAGUAGCAGCAUGCAAACCUAUUGCCAACGUGAUAGAUACAGCAGUAGAUAUUUUUUUAUGCAGCUAUAUAACCGAUUCUGUGAAUACCUUCUGGUUUGGUUUGGGAGGCUCUUCAAUGUUUUUAAUUCCUGCCAUAAUUUUUGCUGUAAAACUCUCUAAAUACUAUCGUAGAAUGGAUACAGAGGAUGUGUAUGAUGAUGUCGAAACUAUACCCAUGAAAACUACAGAAAAUGGUAAUAAUGGUUAUCAUAAAGAGCAUUUAUAUGGUAUACACAAUCCUGUUUUUACAAGCUCUGUGGAACAGUGGUAACACAUACUGGAAACGUUAAGGGGCUAUGUAAAUGAGGCUCAAGAUUCUUCUACGGGAGCAUAUCAUUAUUCUUCCAAGUGUAUUGGCAUUUCCAUUCAUCUGACGAAUCCUGAGCCAUUUGUUUUAUGUCAGCUGUACUGUAAAUCCCAAAUAUACUAUUGAAUGUUAUGCCAUAAACUACUGUACAGAAUAUUUUGAGAUCAGGGCACUGCCUCUCAAAUACCACUGUUCAAGGCUUGAAUAAAAAUGUUUUCUGUUUUUUACUUUUUUUACACUGGGCUUUGUACCUUACAUCACAGUAUAUAAAUUAAUUAGAUAACAGCCUUUGCCUAGGAAUUCUCUGACAGUUGUUCAAGUUCUUAUCUUUAAUUGUUGAUUUGUGUUAAAUACAGUACAUACACGUUUACAUAAAAAUACAUUUUGUAUACAGAGACUUUUGUAUAUACAUUUUUCUUAAAACUUCUAAGUGUUUAGUUAAGAUUUUAAUAUUGUAUAAUACUCUACACAAAUGAAUUUACCAGCAUGAUCAGUGUUGCUAUUUGGUGCUCUUGAAUGACCACAUUGGACUAAAUUUGAAUUUUAAUGGGUUCCACUGUGUCUCUUUGUGCAUCAGAAAAGUUCAGUUGUAGUUUUGUUUUCUUCCUCUUUUUUUUUUUUUUAAAUUAUUUAAUAUUUAGCGGGUUUUGCAGUAUAGACCUAACAAAAACUUUUUGGAGAAGUUUGUUUUUAAACUUUGAGGGGGGGGGUUGGGAGUGUGCGGGUUGCAUAAUAUAGUGAAAAAGCUAAGCUUUCUAGAGUUCAGUAGUACUCAAAAAGAGCAUGAGGGAUGUCCUAUGUUGGCAAUUUUUAGAAUGCUUUACAUUCUCUGUCUUCCUUUUCCUCUUUGACACCCACUUCUGUAACGUCCUUAAUGGUGUCACUGUGACUCUUUUGGGGGCAGUGAUACUAUUCUUGCUAAAUAAUUUUAAACUGUGAUUUCCAAUGUUAAAAUUCAAAUAUGUUUAGCAAUGGAGUUAACAUUUGUGUUACUAAGAGUUACAGCCUUGAAUUUAGGCAAACAGUUGCAUUGCUGAGUUAGUUAACAACAGAAUUCAUCAAAAGGCCAAAAGUAUGUAUGUUACCAGUCUAAAAUGUUUUGGCAGGUGAAGUAGUUGGAUAUAUUGAUCUAAAAUAAUCUCUUCAUAUAUCAGUAUUGUCAACUUCGUUUCCAGCAAGGUUCAUUAUGUUGAAGUAGGGUUAAUUCUGUAAGUCAUUAUCAUAAUUUCAAAGAAAUGCUUGAAAAGUGAUACAAGUCUUUAAUCCAGAAUAACCUUAAAUUUUUAAUUUUUACGUCAUAAAUGGAAACAUUUCUAAUUGACAGUAUGUAGCAUAUGUGUAUAUGUAAUGUUCAGAACUGCAGAUUUUUAAAAGUUUCUAUUUUUAAUUUGAGAAAAUGUUCCCAGUUCAUUUAAAUAAAAAAGAACUUACUUAACUACCU